GGUUUUGCUCAUGGCGGGAAAAUUGGACAUCGCGCGCGCGUUAACUUCGAUAGCGGCAUAACGCAAAGUUUGUCUUUUCACAAUGUUUUUGUGGUGGUGAUUUCAUAGAUGAUUAUUUUCGUGAAAAAAAAGGCGACUUGAUAUAUCAAAUCGAUUCAAGCAACUGUUAUAAAAGUCGGGUGACAAUUGGAGCCGAGAAUGGACUUGCUAAAAGCUCUUGCAUUUCUGCUUUGGAAACUUUGUCUAAAUAUCUUCAACAAAUUAUGGCCUUCUGUUUAUCGCGUUUAUAGCCAUUGUGCUAGAUUGCUUUUCGUAUGGAACAAAUGUAUCAAGGUUACAUAUGGAUUCAUGGUGGAUACUUUUUACAACGGGAAUAUUUCGCAAUUUGUCUUCAACUUCAUAAUGGACAACGGAGUAGUGCUAAGUUUAGUAGUGAUGUGGAUUUGUUAUCGUUAUGUCAAACCCAACCUUCUCGAUCGUCAGAAAAGGAAUCAAGGACAAGUUUCAGUUGAAAAACAGGUGACUGAAAGCAAAGAAAGUCAAGCUCUUCAAUCUUUAUUUGAUAUGGUUAAAGUUGCUUAUAGACCUGGAGUUCUUGAAAAGAUCAUCAACAUCUUGGAGAAUUCUAAGAUAGAUGUUAAUUGCAAGCAGCCCAAUUCCAGGUCUGGAAUGACAUUAUUUCUGUCUGCUUGUCUCUCUGGAGAAAGAAAGUUACUUGAUUUCAUGCUAAGACAUGGAGCAGAUAUCAGUUCACAGUCAGCCUGGGGUGAUAGUCCAUUACAUCUGGCUACAUUUGCUUGUGCAAACCAAACUAAAUCAGGAGCUGUUGGAGCUGUCACAAUUCUUAUCCAAGCAGGAUGUGACAUUAACUGUAAAAACUGGCAUGGCAAUACCCCACUUUCAAUAGCUGCAACAUAUGGCAAAGAAAAUUUAGUACGUUAUCUUCUUUUCCAAGGUGCUGAUUUAAGUAUUCCAAACAAUGAUGGAAUCUAUCCUGUUGACUUUGCCACCAAUGCAGGCUUUGUAAACAUUGCCAAAUUACUGGCCUUGACUGUUCCCAACAACCAUGUAUGGGAGGUUGUUGAUCCUCACACCCCACCCCACAUUCAGAUGGGACUUCAGACACCCAGGAAACACCACCUUGCUCAGUCAUCUUUUGCUCAGAAGAGACUAAGGCUUCACAUGUUCAGAACACCAGUGAAGAGAUCCCUGAAACCCGAAGAGUGAGGUGGCAACUUCCUGUUUUUUAAGGAGCAUUUCUUGUGUCCUUUUAAUAACACAGCAUAAAUGCUGUGUUGAUUCAAAUUUUGAAAGCAAAAAUAGAAAAUACUCAUGACAACACUUUGGGUUAUGAUAUUUUUAAAUGUUUUAAUGUGAGCUUGAAAAAAAACAAUUUACCCCUUUCAAAAGUUGUACACUACCCUUUUGGUAAUUUUAGAAAUAAUAUAUAUUGCAAUAUAUAUAAGUAAAAUAUAAGUUAUGAUGUCUCAAUAAAGCUUAGCUCUACUCUUA